AAAAUACGAUUCGUAACGAUCAGCACAAACAUAAACAAAAGCUGUUCAUUAAGACAAACCACGGUAAAAAGUAAACAAAUGCUCACACUCAUUCUAGCGGUGCUAUCACAGCCAAUGAACAUAUCAAUUUUCAUCGAAAAGGACGAGUCCACAGCCACAAUGCAUACGUACAAACUGGCAGUCGAUGACCUGCUCACAAAAUACAACCAAACUCUUGUAGCGCACGGUACGUCCAUACGUGUGCAGCAUCUGCUCUCGUUCGCACAGUACAGCAAUAUGAAAAUGUUUGGUGCGCUAGAGCUGCUGGCGGGAAGCGACAAAAUAGAGGAGCGGAAGGAGGAGAUUAAGAGGGCGCUACCCGGUGAAAACGUCAUUAUGCUGGUCAGCACGCGAUUAGACGAUAGCCUGGACAAGUAUAACGUGUACGAGGUGUGUGGCAGCGUUGUGUUCGUGAAUAUGGGCAUGAUGGGCAACGAUGCGCUGUAUGGCAUAUUUUUGGGUGUGGUAAGACUGUUGGGUGCGGUGUUAAGCGCUCCUAACAUGGUGAUGAGCGAGGGACAGUACAAAGACGGAUUUGUGGACUUGGGCAGUUUUGAUGAUGCGGAUGGUGACAAGGCAGAUGGUGGCUCGUUGUACACCAGAAGUAGCAUACGGGCAGAUCUUGACCACGUUUUUAGUCAAAACUUGAAGGGCAGAGACCUGCUGAAGGAGCUCAGGGAGUGCCAGUGCAAGUACAAGGAGUGCAAGGAAUGGAGCGUAAACGAGCAGAUGGAUGGUAUAGAGAACGUUGAUGAGAUGUUAAGCAAGUUUAAAAGGUUUAUUGGAAAAGGAAUUGCAAAAAAUGGAAAGGAAAUGAUUGCAGAGUUGUUCAAGUUUCUCGAUAAAGAUGAGAAAGACACCACGAAAGAAGCAAAAAAGAAGAAACCGGGGAGUCCAGCACCAAAGAUGAGCGGAUCACCUGUAAAAAAAGCGUUUAACAAUCUGCUUGAUGACAGCAUAAUAACCAAACCACCAUCAAAUGAAAGCGCACCGACCAAUUCCGGUGAUGUUGCUGCCGAUACCCCGCGUAACAACCGUGCAGACACGGCGAGCAGCGCUACCAACAAUCAAAACACUGGCCGUGUGUCCGUGCCCGUAGGAACAGACACAACGAACAAUCCAACCAAUUUCCAGAAUAUCCCUCCGAGCACACGGCCAAACAUUUCUAGUAAUAACCCGUUCAGCAAUCCACAAAAUUUGCUGGGCAAUAACUUUCCAAAUGCGCUUCUCAACAACAUUUACGUGCAAUUGCAGCGCUUGACGGACAGUCUUAGCCAACCCAGCACACAGCCUGGCCAUUUGCUGUCGCUGAAUGCAGGCGCCUCAAAGAGAAAGAAACUGAGUGCUUUCACCGAGCCGUACAGAAUGAACGAUUAUGAAGCGGCAAUUGGCGAGAAAAAGCAAAAGUAUGCGAAGUUAUCGUGAGCGGCUAACGAGUUGUGCAUGGAGGUACGUAAUGCUAGGUACUGCGAAGCGUUGUACACAAAGGGUGGUUGUCCUGUUAAAUUGGAGACAUCGGAAAUUUUAAUAAACACCAUUUCUUAAGAAAAGGGGUUUGCGUUGGUGUGGAAGGGAUCAUCGUUGAUAAGCAUGGAUUGUUUUAUUCUUGGAGAGUAUUCCAUGAACGUGCAAAUCACUCAUCACACAUAUCGUAGCACGGUAAUUACCGCUACGUAUGCAAAACUGCACAGCUGUUCUUCUGCAUGCGAAUGUGUGCUGAAAACACAAAUAGCACGAUAAAUGGCGAGCUGCUCUUUUUCAAAGGAUAGAACCAUUCAUUGCACUUUUGCAAGGAUCCGCUCUAAGAAAGGGCACGGUGCACAAGGAAACAGCACAGACAUGCCAAGCAAGC